AAUAAUUUUCCUUGUAGUAUUGAAACAAUUGCAGUUCAACGUUUGGUAUUGAUAAAGAACCACGUUUAAAAUAAAUAAUUUAAAUAAAUACAAAACAUUUGCUUACACGACUGUAAAGUAGAGUUCGGAAUAAAAGUAGGAGACGAUAUCUGGAGAUUCGUUCAGUUUUCGAUUCAAUCGUGUAUAAAUUCUUAAAUCUAAAGAAUUCAACAAUCAUGAAGAUCGGCUUGGGUAUCUUGGUGUUGCUGUCCGUGGGGCUGGUGUCGUCCGCACCGAAGUUUAUGUCCCAUCUGCCUAAACGACCACCACCGCUAAGGAGCCCAGACCUCUGCAAUCCAACAGUCAUAGCCCACCGCGGUGCCAGCGGCUAUGUUCCAGAACACACUCUAGGCUCCUACUCAUUGGCCAUCACCAUGGGAGCAGAUUACAUCGAGCCCGACCUAGUCAUGACGAAGGACGGACACCUGGUAGCCAGACACGACAACGAACUUGGCCAAACCACCGACGUAGCUGAACACCCAGAAUUCCAGGACAGAUUUAAGAACCUAACGCUUGACGGUAACGAAAUCAGUGGCUGGUUCACAGAAGACUUUACUCUCACUGAAAUCAAGACGUUGAAAGCUAUAGAGCGCAUCCCAGACAUAAGGCCGGGCAACGCCAGAAUGAACUACGCUUUUCAAGUGCCGACUUUCCAGGAAAUCCUUGAUUUAGUUAAAAGCAUGCAGAGCAGCCAACGCCGCAUCAUCGGUGUGUAUCCCGAAAUCAAGCACAGUACUCAUUUCAAGCAGCUAGGACUGCCGAUGGAGCUGCAAGUCGUCGAUACCUUCCAUAGGAACGGGUACCGUGGAUCCCAUGCUCCGGUCUACAUCCAAUCUUUCGAGGUUAAUAAUCUCAAGGAACUGAAGAAACUGACGAAUCUCAGGUUACUGCAGCUAUUCGAGAGCGACAAAACUUUGCAACCAGCUGACCAAUUGUUUUUGGGCACGAACCUAACUUACGGUGACAUGUCCACGCCGCAAGGGCUAGCUGAGGUAGCCAAGUACGCGGCUGCAGUGGGCCCCGAUAAGAGCUUCAUUAUACCUCGUAACGAAGACAAUACUUUAGGGGAGCCGACGACUUUUGUUGAAGAUGCCCAUAACGUUGGUUUGAAAGUACACCCGUAUACCUUCCGCGCCGAAAACAAUUUCCUACCAAAGGAGUAUCAAAGCAGUGGCACCAAGGAUUCGAUUGGGGACUUCAUGGGUGAAAUAAGAAGGUACCUAGCUACGGGUAUCGACGGACUGUUCUCUGAUCAACCUGAUGUGCCGUUACGAGUACGAGGACCUUGUACAAAUCAGUAAUUUGAAUUAAGUUAAAAAUAACAAAAGAACAGGGUAUGUCAAUUGUUAUAGACGUAGGUACUAUACAUAAUUGUUUUGUGAUAAGUUCAAAAUAAUAUUAUGUAUUUUGUACUACCUAAGUACCUAUUAGUGUCAAUUUAAAAAAUCAAAUAUAAGAGAAAGUGUAAAUAAAGGAUCUACUAACUAGA